UCUUCAGUCAUCGUCACUUUACUCAACACUGCCGAAGUCAAAAAAAAAUUUGAAAUUCAAAACGCGAUUCUGAUAUCGGAGAUGGCGGAGAAGAAGAGAUGGAUAGCGAUGUAUACGAAACACAUCAAGCAGAAGCGUAAGGUCUAUCACGACGGCUUCCUGGAUUUGCAUUUCACCAGACGCAAGUGAAGAAUAUGAUGAAGAACUGUGUCCAAAACGACACAGCUUUGCAAAAAGGAUUAUUGGGACCAAGGCCCAACACUCUUCCUAAGCCCACAUCUACUCAACGGAUACCUGCAAAACACGACAAAGAACGAAGGAAGACGUCACCUGCAGAUUGUACGGCAUUGCCAACCAAGAACCAAUUUGCCGUCCUUGAACCAUGUGAUGAUAGUGACGCCACGUAACAAUGAUUGGAAGAACCUAGAACCUAGGUUAAGACUCUAGUACCCCUUGUAUCCUUAUGUAUAAAAGGAACAAGAUGUUGUAUCAAAACCAAUAAAUGGAAUAAGAAUAGAAUCAUUCUUUCUUCUCUCUGUUUCUCUGUUUAUUUCUUCAUAUGAUACAAAGCUACACUUAACGCAAAUGAUGCUUUGAUUUGUUUUCCACUUUUGAUUGUUUUAUUGAAUAUCAUGAGCUUUUUGUAAUUGCUUUUGUUUUUUUUUUGGAUUCUGAAACAAAUUCUGAAAAUUGGGUUGAGUGAUUUUGGCAGAUCUGAAGCUUACUUGCUUCUUUGCACAAGAACAAUUGUGGACCAGUAAAUUUGGUAUUUGGAUUAGUGAUUAUUGUGAUUUCAAUAUGGUGAUGCUUUAUGAUGAGGCGGAUAAUCUACUUGAAAGCAGGAUGCUAAAAGCAGGGGAAGUUGUGGAUACAGGUGAAACACUCACGUUUCAAGCAUACCUUGUGGAUAUAGGCGAUCCUAAGGAUGGAAGUAAGGCUUCAAUUGAUAUAAAGGUCGAACCAAGUGAUCAAGGCUCUGCGCGCAAAUCAUUUGCAGUCCUCAGGCCAAAUUUCAAGAAAAGUUCCCUUCAUGGUGAUGAGAAAAAACCUAACCUUGUGAAUAAAUUUUCUUCAAAAAGUCUCAGUCCAUCUCACAAUAUGAUUAGAGUAUUCAAAAAGAGAGAACUGCAUAAGUAUGGGGCACUGACUCCAGACAUUAUGAAGUCAACAACAAAAGGCACUGUACCUCUUGGCUCAGCUGUUAAAGAAAACAGUAGCCACCCCUUGAUCAACUCUCCUUGUGAUGGUAAGAUGUGGGAAAUUUACUUACCACAUCUUUUUUUCUUACAUAAUUGUGGAAGGUCCGCUGUAGAUUCAAGGUUGGAGAAUGAUAAGUUAAGCAAAGACAAGCCUUUACGUGAUGUUAAUCAGAUACUCUCCAUUCUUCAGAGACGGAAUGUUACAGAGACAUGUUCUGAUAAUAACCCGCAAACAUCAGCGCUUUUAACACCUCCAGAAUCUGAUACCCGCCAAAGCCACAAGAUGGAGUCUGUUUUAACGAAAGCAUCUAGGGAAGAAGUAAUGGUGCAAGAAACCUCAUCGGCCAGCACAAGAGGUUGCUUAAUGAGUGAUCCUCCGAGUUUUGACCUCGGAAUCUAAACAGACCCCUCAAGAUAUCAUUUUACAUAAAUAGCUAACUCGUUUUUUUUCAUUUUACCUCAAAGUCCUUCACGAACUAUAGUUUCACCUAAUAUGUAGUUUUAUACUCUAAGUUGGGUGAAAAUCAAAACUGGUAACUAGUAAGUAUGUACCCUGAGUAUCAAGAAAGAUUUGAAAAUUUGUUGGUGUACGUUUAUUAGGUAAAAACUAUAAUAGUGAAGUCUUUUGUAAUU